GGUCCGGUAUGAACUGUCAUCAAUAUGUCAAACAGAUUUUGAAAAGUCAUCUCAUUCCGUUCUCAAGAAGCAUUGUUGCUUGCUUUUGUGAUUUAAUUUUCUUUACCGGCAGAAAAGUUUACAGAAAUGGCAUCAGUAUUAGCACCAGAAAUAUCUUCAUCAGGAUUUUCCUUCGAAAACUGUCAACGCAAUGCCUUCCUUGCCCAAAAAGGGUUUCCUGCACCCAAAGCGACAAAAACUGGCACUACUAUUGUGGGCAUAAUUUAUGCGGAUGGCGUUAUUCUCGGAGCUGACACCCGAGCCACCGAAAAUACUGUGGUAUCAGAUAAAAAUUGUCAAAAGAUUCAUUAUCUAGCGGGUAAUAUGUAUUGCUGUGGUGCGGGCACUGCUGCUGACACGGAGAUGACCACACAGACUGUUGCAUCGCAGCUAGAGCUACAACGUUUACACACUGGACGUACAGUACCAGUGGAGACAGCUGCCACACUCUUGAAACGCAUGCUGUUUCGUUACCAAGGACACAUAGGAGCCGCUUUAGUUUUGGGUGGUGUUGAUAGAACUGGUCCUCAUAUUUACUGCAUCUAUCCUCAUGGAUCUGUUGAUAAACUACCAUAUGCAACAAUGGGUUCUGGAUCAUUGGCUGCUAUGGCUGUAUUUGAAUCAGGAUGGAAGCCCAAAAUGACUGAGGAAGAAGGAAAAAAACUAGUUCGUGAUGCCAUAGCUGCUGGUAUUUUCAAUGAUCUGGGGUCUGGAUCUAAUGUAGAUAUAUGUGUUAUUCGUAACUCUGGUCCUGCACAAUAUCUUAGAACUUAUGAAGAAGCUAAUGUUAAGGUAUGACAAUUCUGUAUAUUGUAAUUGACUAAAGAAUGUAACUGAUGUUUUAAACUUACUAUUGACUGAUAAUGCAACAAUUGUAAUUAUUAAUGGUGGAUUUCUUUCUAUUAAUUAUUUGAUAAUAAGUAAUAGAAAUAAAAAAAAAGUUAUAUCAUCAUCAUUUCAGCCGAGAGAUGCCCACUGCUACUA